AUGAAAAAAUCGAACGACUUGAGGAAAACGAAGAUAGCUGAAGAAGAUGAAAGCCGCCCGCUUCCCGCUACCGCAACCGCUUCCGCGCGUCACUGCGGCCGAGCCGAGUCCUUAGGAGGGGCGGCAGCGCGCAAGGAGCACGGGGCUUGCGCGAUUUUUCACCCAAGACCACGUGCGAAGAAGGCUGCGCUCUCGGCCAACCCGCCUUCCGUGCGUCUCUCUCUCGCGCGGCUAGCCCGCCCGUGCCAUUUUUACGAUUUGACCGACUCAAUUCAAUUCAACUCAACUCAAUUGUCGUGGGCGCGGGUGCCUUCGCCGGACGCUAGAGUGAGACGUAUAGCGGUGCGGCUCAUUUGCUACGCGCCGGUCCCGCUGUUGUUUUCGGUUCACGCGUGGACCGUCUUGGGUGUCGGGCAUAGUGGGACGCGGCGGACGUUUUACGGUCAAGGGUCCGGCGCCCGUGGAGACCGGUGCGCCUUAAUCUCGGCACAAGACGGAGCGCCGGCCCCCGCGCGGCGUACGGUCGUUUCGCUCGCGCCACUAUCGGCCGGCGGCCGCUUCCGGCGCGUGCGAGCGAGAGGCCCGACCCGCGAUAGGCGUUACCGCUCCACUCGUUGGGUGUGUAAAGUUUUAGGCCGAAACAUG